AUGGCGGCGGUAGCAGCAGCGGCGGCGCUCUCGGGGGCGGCCGUCGCCCUCCCCAGCCCGGAGCCCGGUUCGUCCCCGGCCCCCGAAGAGGAGCUGCCCCCGCUGGAGCCGGCCGAGAUCCGGAGCCGCCUGGAGCGGAGCGCGCGGCAGUUCCGCAACCGCCGCAAAGUCCUCAUCCGGGGGCUGCCGGCCGACGUCGCCAACCAGGAAGUUCACGAUCUACUAAGCGACUAUGAGCUCAAGUACUGCUUUGUGGACAAGUACAAGAGGACCGCCUUCGUCACCUUGCUGAACGGGGAACAGGCGGAGUCGGCCAUCCAGAAAUUCCACCUGAGCCAGCUGCGGGAUAAGGAGAUCACAGUGCAGCUGCAGCCGACGGACGCCCUCCUGUGCAUCGCCAACCUGCCCCGGCUCUACACGCAGCAGCAGUUCGAGGACCUGGUGCGGCCCUUCGGGAACCUGGAGCGCUGCUUCUUGGUCUACAGCGAGAAGACGGGGCACUCCAAAGGCUACGGCUUCGUGGAGUACAUGAAGAAGGACUCGGCCGCCCGGGCCAAGUCUGACCUGCUGGGCAAGCAGCUGGGGACGCGGGCCCUCUACGUCCACUGGACGGACGUCAACCAGCUGACCCCGGACCUCCUCCACUCCAGGUGCCUGUGCGUGGACAAGCUGCCUCACAGUUACGGCGACGUCGAGGAGCUGAGGGAGACCUUCUCGGCCAUCUGCCCUCCAGCGUUCUGUCAGCUGGCUUGCGGUCAGGACGGACAGUUGAAGGGCUUUGCCAUCCUAGAAUACGAGUCGGCAGAGAUAGCAGAGGUGGUUCAGCAGGCCGCCAACGGCAUGCCGCUCGCCGGGAACCGCAUCCGGGUCUCCUUCUGCGCUCCGGGCCCUCCUGGACGAAGCAUGCUGGCGGCUCUGAUAGCUGCCCAGGCGACGGCGCUUAAUCGGGGGAAAGGGCUCCUUCCUGAGCCCAACCUUCUUCAGAUCUUGAAUAGCCUGGGGAACUCGGCGUCCAUCCAGCUGCUGCUCAACCCCCUUCUUCACGGAGCCCUGGGAGGAAAGCAAGGAAUCCUGGGUGCUCCUCCCUCCGUGCCUCUUUUGACCAACCCGGCCCUCUCCACGGCUCUUCUCCAGCUGGCGCUCCAGAACCAGACCCAAGCGCAGCAGAAGGCAUUGCUUGGAAAUUUGCUCUUAGUGCAGAACCAUCUCUGGACCCAACUCCUGCAGAACAAGGAAAACCAGGCUGUAUUCCAUAAGCUGGGGAUCUUGGGAGAGUCCCCUCUGGGCUCCUUGCAGCACGGUGCUCUGGGGUUGCCGAACACGCCCGGCUCUCAGGCAGGAAACCAGCUGCUGGGGGAGAUGCCCACCGGUGGCCCUUUGCCUGCAGACAUGGCCCCCGGGCCUGUGAAGUCACCAAUCUUGCCUUCCGGGAACCUGCCCGUGCCUCCUUUCCUGGGACCCUUGGGAAUGGAGAGGGAGAACUCCGUCGUGGGAGCGCAGAACCCCCAGUUGACGCCUCCCGGCCUGCAAGGCCUGACCACCUCCAUCUUGGGGUCGGUGAUCAGCGGGCUCCAGAAACCAAAGCAAACCGACAGUGGGCCUCCCCCCUCCUCUGGGGUGUCUCUGCUGGGAGAACCACCCAAGGACUUCAAGAUUCCGCUCAACCCAUACUUAAACCUGCACAGCCUGCUCCCCACAAGCAAACUCGGAGGUGGAGCCAGCAAAGGGUUCAGCCUGAAGGCAGGUGUGCUUGGCAAUGCCUCCAAUCCUAGAAUUCCCCAGGCCUCCAUGCCUGACUCCGUACUGCCUUCUUCUGGGCUGGCAGGAGACAGCUGCGCAUUCGACUAUCAGCCAGUAUCGCCGUCACCUGGCUUUGAGCGGAACUGCCUGGGGGCUCCUCUGCCUCCCUUCUAUUCAGGAUCCCCUACUUCCUACUUCACCAGCGGCCUUCAGGCGGGGCUCCGGCAGAGUCACCUAAACAAAGCGGUCGGGAUGCCCCCUGUGGGCACGGGAGACAGUCUGCUGGGACUCGGACCAAACGGUCACUCGCACGGCACCCACACAAAGGUGAGAUGCUAG